GCGACGCUCCAAGUGGUUCAAAGCGGUACUGCACCGUACUGACGCAGAAACGGAAAUCGAUUCGGUAUAAGAGCUAAACCGGAGGACGAUCAGAAUGAUGAUCGAUACUUUCAAAGUGGCUUUUGUUGUUAUUUUCCCGUCCGUCGUGCGAAAAGAUGAUGACGACUCCCAAGUUGGGCUCGCGCUUUCUUCGCCUCGCUGCGGUUGGAGGCGCUCCGAUUUAUUUUGGAAAGUGAGCGGAAGUGGCUUCCGCUGCCUGACGAAAGAAAGAAAGAAUGAAGCGAAAAGAAGAGAAAAGAAGGCAAGAAGCGUGCAUGGAAGAAAAGUUCGAAAAAGAAGCCAAAUUGAGUUGGGAAGGGCCGGCGCUAAAAAAAAAACCACUUGCUACUUUGAUCCUCAGGUGGAAUUUGAGGCCUUCAAGGACCACUUUGCGGACCUUCCGACUCGCUCGACGGACGGCGACGGCGGAUCCCUGCGGCCAGUCGUCGCCGACGAAGUCGAGCCGAAGUUCGUGAAGGACGGAAAACGUUACGGCCGCCGAUCGCGUCCCGACACGACGCCGUCGCGACCGUGCGGGUUCAACGUACGGCCAUUCGCGCGCUUGGACGGUGCGGAGAGCCGGAAGCGGUCCGACGAGGAGCCGCCAAGUCCCGAGGGCGGCGCCGCGCUCCGUUUUCAGUGCCGAGCUCCUGAGCCGGACGAGGAGGACGGACCGACGGGUCGCCCGCCGGGCGCCGAGGAGCAGGUGGCGCCGACGCACCUCCAGAAUCUUCUUUGCGGCUGCUGCUCGACGCCGCUGCGCAAGACGGCGCCGGAGGACGGGUCGACCGCGGCGGUCCUCAGCCGGCUGGACGACGGCUCGGGACGCGCCGGCCCCGAGAGAGUCGUCGCCCUGUGGGCCGACGAGGGCGUCCGCGACGGUCGGGACAUCCUGGAGACGUUGGACUUCCCUGCGGAGGAGCGCUUGAGUUUGUGUGAGCUGACGUCGGCUCUGGACAACGAACUCGUGGUCGGCGGGAACCGAAUCCACCGGGCGGCGCUCAUCUGCUACAAGGAUGAAAUCCGGCACCUGCGGGCGCGGGCGGAGCAGGCGUGCGGCGAGCGGGACAAAGCCAAGGCCGACCUGGAGCGGGCCGAGCGCAGGAACCUGCGCCUGCUGCGUGAAGCGGACGAGCGGCACGCCGGCAUGGAGGAGCUGAACCGGACCCGGCUCAGAGAGCUGGAGCGGGACUUCCGGGCGCGUCUGACGGCGCAGCGCGACCGAGCGGAGCAGGAUGCCGCCGCCGCCUCGCAGCAGCUGGAGCAGGAACGUCAAAAGCUGCAGCAACAACUGAGGACGCUCGGGGCCCGGGAGGCGGGGCUACAGGAGGAGCUCGGCGCCGCCGUGCAGGAGAAGCGACGUCUGGACGAGGAGCUGGCGGUCGUGAAGCGCAGGCUAACGGAGGCGGAAAGCGGCGCCCGACGCUUGCGCGCCGACUUUGACCAGCUGCUGCAGCACAAGCCGGGCAGCUCGGACGGCGAAGACCGAGCGGCGCGACUCCUCCGCGACUGCGAGGGGCGCUGCAGAGAGCUCCGGGACAGAAACGACGAGCUGAUUUGCGAGUUGGAGCUGCUGAGGAGUCGCGAGAAGAGGGACAGGAAACCGGCGCCGUCUGACUCCGGCGGCGGCGACGCGCCAAGGACUGGCCCUGCCAUCAGCCGGGACGACCCGAUGAACGGCGACGUCGCCGGGGAUUACGACACGUCGACGGCCGUCAGCAUCGAGACGGAAUUUGCCCUGGAGAAGCUGAAGCGCCGACACGAGCGGGAGUCGCGGCGGCUCCGCGUCCAGAUGCGGACGCAGGUGGAGAACUACGAGCGCACUCUGGACCGGAUGAGGCGCAGCGCGGAGGCGGAGCGCGAGGACGUCGCUCGGGCCUUCAAGGAGCAGCACGAGAAGGCGGCGGCGGCGCAGGAGUUGGAGGCGGAGCUGGAGGCCUGUCGCAAAGUUCUGCACGAGACGGCGCGGCGGCUCCGAGGGAAGACGGCCGACAAGGCGGAGUCCGGCGCCGUGUUGAAGGAGCUCUACGUGGAGAACGCCCGGCUGAUGAAAACGCUGCAGCUGAGCGAGCGUCGCCACGGAGACGCCCGCGACCGCAACGUCCUGCUGGAGGCCAAAGUCCGCCAACUCAACCGGCUGCUCGCCGACGUCGUUUCCGCCGCCCUGCGCCCGUAGACCGACGCCUUUCACUUCUUUUGUCCAAAUAAAAAGGUUUUUUUUUUUUAUUACA